CAAUCCUCAAUCUCCACAGCCGGUUCGUGAUCGUCUCCCCUCCCACGCCGGCCGGCCGUCGGCACCCUCCGCCCUCCUGAUUUCAGUUAAACCACUGACCUCUGACCCCCUCUUCCCGUUAGCAGGUGUCGCAACCCACACCAAACAUAUAAAACGUGCUCAAAGGAGGAGCCUCCGCCCAAAAGACGCGGCCUUUUCCUUCCUCCUUCCUCCUCCAGCUCGGUCGUUCGACUCCUCCCUCCGAGCCUCCACCGCCCGCCCUCCAGAAGCUCGCCCCAGCUCCGGCCCGCGCGCCGAGGAUGUGCGGGAUCUUCGCCUACCUCAACUACAAUGUCUCGCGGGAGCGCCGCUACGUCCUCGAGGUGCUCCUCAACGGCCUCCGCCGCCUCGAGUACCGCGGCUACGACUCGUCCGGGAUAGCGGUCGACGCCGACCUCCCGGCGUCGCCUGUGCCCGGCUCCGCGCCGGCUCCCUACGCCGGGGCGCCCCCGCUCGUGUACCGGCAGGAGGGCAAGAUCGAGAACCUCGUGCGAUCCGUCUACGCCGAGGUUGAUGAGAAGGAUGUGAACUUGGAUGCCGCAUUCAAUGUGCAUGCUGGAAUUGCUCACACCAGGUGGGCCACACAUGGCGUGCCAGCCCCGAGGAACAGCCACCCACAAUCUUCCGGCGCCGGUGACGAGUUUUUGGUCGUGCACAAUGGCAUCAUCACAAACUAUGAGGUUCUGAAAGAGACACUUACUCGGCAUGGGUUCACCUUUGAGUCUGAUACCGACACAGAAGUCAUCCCUAAGCUAGCAAAGUUUGUUUUUGAUAAGGCUCAUGAUGGAGAAGGUGAUGUGACAUUUAGCCAAGUUGUUAACGAAGUCAUGAGGCAGCUUGAAGGCGCCUACGCCCUUAUUUUUAAAAGUCCACACUACCCUAACGAACUGAUCGCAUGCAAACGAGGCAGCACACUGAUACUUGGUGUCAACGAAUUGAGUGGUCAAAAGAGCGGGAAAUCAUUCAAUGAUGUCAAAGCCCUGACAGCAAACGGAAAGCCUAAAGAGCUAUUCUUCUCCAGUGAUUUAUGUGCUAUAGUGGAGCAUACCAAGAACUAUUUAGCUAUUGAAGAUAAUGAAAUCGUUCAUAUCAAGGAUGGCAGUGUGUCUAUCCUUAAGUUUGACCAUGACAAAGAGAAGCCAGCAUCUGUGCAACGAGCAUUAUCUGUGCUUGAGAUGGAAGUUGAGCAAAUAAAGAAAGGAAACUAUGACCACUUCAUGCAAAAAGAAAUCCAUGAACAACCACAUUCACUGACGACAACGAUGAGGGGUAGACUAAAGGAUGGUGCAGUUCUUUUGGGUGGACUGAAGGAACACCUCAAAACAAUUAGACGCAGUAGAAGAGUAGUCUUUAUUGGCUGUGGUACUAGUUAUAAUGCUGCGUUAGCUGCGAGAACUUUUGUGGAAGAACUAACAGGUAUCCCUGUGACUAUGGAGGUUGCAAGUGACUUGCUUGACAGACAAGGUCCCAUCUAUAGAGAGGAUACUGCGGUUUUUGUUAGCCAGUCAGGGGAGACAGCAGAUACCCUUCUUGCUCUUGAUUAUGCACUGGAAAAUGGAGCACUUUGUGUUGGCAUAACAAAUACUGUUGGAAGCACACUCUCAAGAAGAACACAUUGCGGAAUUCACAUCAACGCUGGUUGUGAGAUUGGUGUUGCUAGCACUAAGGCAUAUACAAGUCAGAUAGUAGUCAUGGCAAUGAUGGCCUUGGCUAUUGGAUCUGACCAAAUAUCCACCCAAGUUAGAAGGGAAGCUAUCAUCAGUGGUCUUUUCAGUCUCCCAAGCAAUGCCAGUCAAGUUCUGAAACUUGACUCUGAAAUGAAGGAGCUUGCCUCUUCUUUGAUCGACUCGGAAUCGCUCCUCGUGUUUGGAAGAGGUUAUAACUAUGCCACUGCCUUAGAGGGUGCUCUCAAAGUUAAGGAGGUUGCGCUGAUGCAUAGUGAAGGCAUGUUUGCUGGUGAGAUGAAGCACGGGCCGCUAGCCCUAGUGGAUGAAAACCUUCCCAUCAUUGUCAUUGCAACACGCGAUGCAUGCUUCAGCAAGCAGCAGUCAGUGAUCCAGCAGCUCCUCUCUCGCAAGGGGCGUCUGAUCAUAAUGUGCUCAAAGGGAGAUGCUUGUGCUGUCAAUCCCGGCGGAUCUUGCAGAGUGAUUGAAGUUCCGCAGGUUGCGGACUGUCUCCAGCCAGUGAUCAACAUAAUACCGUUACAGUUGCUCGCAUACCAUCUUACGGUUCUUCGUGGAUUCGAUGUUGACCAACCAAGGAAUCUGGCGAAGAGCGUGACCACUCAGUAAGUAGACGCAAAAUAUGCAGGGUCAUAGCUCAGUCAGAAGUAUUCAGGUGUUCUUCUGGAAAAGAAGAAAGAGUGCUGUAGCCGUGAAUAUCGUGAUAGUGUAUAUUUGAGGAGGUUAGCAUCAUUGGCAGUCUGUUGAUCAACUCGUUGUGAAAAUGUAUGAAUGUUAUUUGCAAAAAGAAAGCAGGUCAUCUUUCAUGUA